UAAUAUGUAUGUAAAUUAUGUCGGCAAAUAUCUAUUGCAUGUUUUACAUGUACAAUAUUAUAUUCUAAUUUCUUGUGUCGAGAAGAUUUUUCCUACUGUGAGCGUUGGUUGAAAGCGCUCGUGAUAUUUUGCUGAAUUUAUAAAUGAUUAAUUGAUAUUUCAUAGUAACCAAUUGGUUUUUUAGUUACUAAAUAAUUUGACUACAACAACAACAGGUCGUAAUGAAUUAUUUUCGUGAAAUGCAUUUUAUUUUAUUAAUAAUAAUAAUUUCAAAUGUUAUCAUUGUUUUUACAACUCAGAAUGCUGAAAAUCAAGUAACUAUUACUACUGACGAUAUGGAUAAACUCAUUAGGGAUUAUCCUGCAUUUAUAAAAAUGACAUUGCAAAAUAAUGAAUAUUACACGGGAAAAGAUGUGUCCCAUUGUUCUAUGCCUGACGACGAAAACACUACUAUAGAUGAUUCCGAUAUUGAGCAGUAUAAAGUAUCCAACUUAAGAGAAAGUAUCAUUGGUCAAAGAUUAGGAAAUAUCAUUAAACCGUGUCUUAAAGACAACACACAAAUUACCCAGUGUUAUACUCACUAUCUGAAUGUUAUAGAAAGCGUUGGUUUAACAUUAGUAGACAGAUAUUGUUUAUUUGAAUAUGAAGUUUGGAAUAGACUUCAAGAUUUGGAGUUUAGUGUAGAUUAUAUAGAAAAUUAUAGUUUAUUUAACAUUGAUAUUAACAUUCCAUUAUUAUUCUCGAUUGUAAAGAAAUUUGUUACUCUUUUAGAAAAUAUUUCUUUUACAUUUAAACAAUAUGGUAUUUCUACUAUACCUCUUGACUGUGUUUCGGAUGCCAUGGACUGUAUGCCUUUAUAUUUUCAAGAGGGUAUGUGCGAAGAUGAAAAAUUUAAACAUCAUUUACAAACAUGUCGGGCAUUAAUGAAAUCAAAAUUAAAUUAUGCUGCAUUAGACAAUGAUCAACACUGGGAAUGGGAUAUUACUUCCGAUUCAAAACCUAAUGACAACUCAAUAAUUCUCAUACAACAAACAAAUAAUGAUAUUGGAUUGAAUUUAUUUCCCUACAACAAUUAAAAAUAAUUUUUCAACAAAAAUUUUUUUUAUACGUAAAUGAUAAGUAAAUUAAAAAAAAAUAUUUUCUAAAAUAUCAAUUAGCUAUUUAAUAAUUUAGUUUAUUAUUAAAAUUAAUCUUAUAACAUUGUAAUACUUUAAUAUAAUGUAGAAUCACAGUUGCAAAAUUAAAAAAAAAAAAUGUUUAGU